CAGCAGGCUCGCACCAGGACGUGAGUCGCGCUGGAUGAGUUGCGGGUCACUCGGUCCAUCCACGGCCAGCCCCACAGCACGUUCUGCAUAUACUCUGAAAUUUCCCGACCAACACACACGGCCAACCAUGGGCUGUUUGCAGUCCACAUUGGCCACCGAACCUGUCGAUGUGGACGCCUCGCACUUGAACACAAACCCGGUGCUCGAGGACUUUCCAAAGACGGUCGAGCCCGUUGAAGUGAUGGCGGCGGACGACAGCGUGCCGUCGCCAGGGCUGGUCGACGCGCCAGGACCGGUCGAAGACGUUGCAUCUGUCGGUACGCACCACGACGCGAUCGAAGCACCACAAGCAAAGGCAUUUGAGAUCUUGGACGAUGUUGUUCACAUUCAGGGUGUGGUGCAUUACACAGUCCAACGCCACGACGGCGUCAAGGUCCAGAAACGGUACAACGAGUUCAAGCAACUGCACGACACGUUGUGCCAAACGCGUGGGUGCGAGGGAAUGCCCCAAGCGGGCGUGUGGACCGCGCUGCAGCGCACCAACCCAGCGCUCGUAGCAGAUCGCCGCGCCAAAUUUGAACUGCUCCUCAACAAGUGGGCGGCGGACGACGCAAACAAUGCCGUCCUCGCCGCGUUCAUGGCCGAGUCGUAAUGGAAACGCGAGCCGUCGAUCUCGGUAUCAAGGACAUGCACACCAGGCCGCGAAAGCAACCAUCGCUAACGUUCACGUAAGGACGUCGUAGUACCUCUUUCCCAAGCCACGAAGCGCGCAGGAUUUCACCGAGUGGUUCAAAAUAUAUCCCCCUCUCAACUAAAGCGAAAUACAAAUCGAUAUCCAAAU